AUGUUGUUGAAAGGUUUCGAGAGCACUAGCCACCCAGACGAGAUGAUGCUGUCGAAUCUUGAUGCUUUCAUCCUUAGGAACUCUAGGGAAAGUGAAGUGGUAAAUAUCACCCACGCUUCCCCAGGUCAGGAGGAGAGCGACCCUGUCCUCCAACAGCUCGAGGCACUCGCCAAUAGAUUGGAAACCAUCAUAGCAAAGAUGCCCGAGGCCAUCAGAGCAGCUAACAGAGAAGCCAUAGAGAAGGAGGCUAAGCUCAGCGAUGUCCUUACUGGGACGGUAAAAUUCGAGAAAGAUGGCCAGACACAACUCGUCGUCGAAAACGUGCCCUUGCUCAACUCUGUGUCCAAGGCAGAUUGCUUGGCUUGGUAUCUCAAGCUUCAGCCCUUUUUAAAGGCGAUCCAGGUCUUCCCUGUGCAGGAUCAGAUCACCUAUAUCGGAGAAACCAUUGAGGAGUCUUUGGAUGAUGAUGACGACGAUGAUGGCGAUGGAGAUAUUGGAAUCGACGAGGAGAGGUACUGCCGCAUCAAUGGGAUGCCUACACGCGCUCAUCCCUCAAACCAGCCCUUCAAUUCUGUGAAAGAGUUGCUCACUUAUGUCACCAAAGACUGCUAUGGUCUUCACAUCGAGAUCGAUUAA